GGUACUCCAUCGCAGGCAAGCGACAUUAUUUCUUCAUCUUCUUGGUUGAUAUCCAGGAUGGCAACUUCCAGUGCAAAGCAAUUGUUUUGCUACCUCCAUAUAGGAGGACAAUUUAUUAAUGGUGUAGAAGGUGAAACGCAGUAUGUUGGAGGUGGUGUGAGAACAAGAAUGAUAAAGGAAGGGACAUCAUAUGGAGAAUUUAGAACAAUGGUGGCAUCAAUUGUGGGAAAAGAAAGUAAUGGAAUGGUUAUGAAAUUCACAGUAACCUUUGAUGAGUGUACAUUUGUGGACCUUGUAGAUGAUGAAGGAGUAGAACAUUUGAUUAACUUCAAUGGCGACAGUGGUCAUGUAUAUAUAGGAGAAAAUGGAGAUCAAAAUUCACAACUAACAAGGGAUGUUGUAAUAGAAGAGCAACAUGUGAUGGAAGACUUGUUCGGAGGUUCAGAUACAUUGUCCAUGUCUCCACCUAAUGUGGUUAGUGAAGACCCACUAUUGUUGCCAUGUGGUUCAGAAAUGAUGCCAACCCCAAUUCCGGAAAUGAAUUCAACAAAGUGGAAGGGUUUGGUUAUCGGAGAAGGACAGAUUUUUCCUAAUGCAGUGGCUCUUAGGCAAGCACUGUAUAGGUACAGUAUUGCUGUGAAGUUUUCAUACAAGUUUGUGAAGAACAAUCAACAAAAGAUCAUUGUGAAGUGUAUGGCGGAGGGAUGCCCGUGGUAUAUGGGUGCAUACUCAAUGGGACAAAGACAAGAUUCUGAGUUGUUAAUAAUUAGAACCUUAAGAAGUGAGCAUGUGCAUUAUGCACAGGACAGCUUGGUUGUAUCUCACUCUAGAGGGUCAAACUUAACAUCAUCAAUCAUGAUAGAUUCUUUGAGGUGUAAUAUAGACAAGAAUGCUAAUGAACUUAGAAGAGAUCUGUAUAGAGAAUAUGGGGUGCGACUGAAUUAUAGUCAAGCAUACAGGGGUAGAGAAAGAGCAUUGAGGGAAAUACAUGGUCGUGCACAGGAUUCAUACAUGGCGAUUCCCUGGAUUUGUGAAAGGCUCAUUGAAACUGAUCCAAACACAAGUGCUCGAUGGGAAGGGUUGGAUAGUAACAGAUUUCAGAGGGUGUUCAUUGCUUAUGGAUGCUCAAUUAAUGGAUUUUUAGAAGGGUGUCGACAUAUACUUUAUAUAGACGGCUGUCAUCUAAGUGGUCCUUACAGGGGGACAUUGAUUUCAGCUAAUGCAUAUGAUGCAGACAAUGAACUAUUUCCAUUAGCAUAUGCUAUAGUUAGUGGGGAGACAUAUGAUGAUUGGGCUUGGUUUCUCCAGAACAUCAAAGACAUCACAAGAUCAGUGGAGACAACGAUAGUUUCAGAUCGGAAUAAUGCCAUUAUAGGUGCUGUGCGAACAAUAUUUGGUGGCGAGAGACAUGCUUUUUGUUAUAGGCAUGUGAAAGAAAAUUUUAGUGCACAUUAUUUAAAAAUUAACCGAGGCAGGGGACGAGUUUCAGGUACUUCAAAGGACGUUGCAUUGAAAAUGCUGGAUGGAAUCGCCUAUGCAAGGAUUGAGGAUGAAUAUGUUGCUGCAAUGGGGAAACUUAGAUCAUUCUGUCCACAAUUGGCUGAUUGGGUUGACACUCAAGGAGAUGUAGAUCGGUGGGCUUUAAGCAAAUUCCCGUUUAAGCGAUGGGAUAACAUCACUACUAAUGUUGCGGAGUCGUUUAAUGCCUGGAUUUUGAAGGAGAGGAAGCACAAUGUGUCAGUUCUCAUACAUGAGCAUAUGGAGAAAUUAGCCAAGAAGAUGGUUGCAAGCAAAAUGGCAAUGGAAAAUUGGACAAAUGGCGUUGGGCCAAAUAUUGAGUCCAAGUUGCAAGAAAAAGUAGCAAGAGCGGAGAAUAUGCAUACUGUAUAUUAUGGAGAUAACCGAGUUCAAGUUGAUACUACAUCUCCUACUGGAAUAAUUUGUGUCACUGUUGAUCUCACAGCUCAGAAAUGCACUUGUUUAGCAUGGCAAAUGAGCGGAGUACCUUGUGCUCAUGCCUGUGCAGCGAUAAAGCUACUUCAUGGUAGUGUUUAUGAAUUUGUAGAUGAUUGCUAUAAGCUGUCAGCCCAAGAGAAGAUAUAUGCAAGUAGUAUGAGGCCAAUUGCGACACAUGAUUGUCCUCGUCCCGAAGCUCUCACCGUUACGCAGAUGAUGACGGGAACAUUUUUACAGCCACCAAUCACUAAAAGACCCUCAGGGAGGCCAAAGAAAAGAAGGAUUGAAUCUCAAUUUCAAAGUAAAAAACUUUACCACUGUGGAAGAUGCCAUGAGCCAGGCCACACUGUGAAGACUUGCCAGAACCCCAAUCCAAGUUGAGCUUUGCUGGUGGCUUGUUGAUAUUUCGUUUUGUGAAUGCUUGUGACAGCAUUUUUUUUGUAAAUGUCAUAACCUACACCUCAAGUUGUCCGUCAUUAUCCACACAUGCAACACGUAUGCUUUUUUGAAUAGGUUGUAAAUUUGGUGUAGUUAUGUUGUACAUAUAUAUAUCAAGUGGUAAAUGACACCUGGUUGUAAUCUGAUAUAACAUCAUUUCUGUAUUUUUGAUGUACUGGUGAAUAGGUUGUAAUGGACUUGUUAUCAGACGCCAUGCAGGUUGUCAUUAGCAGUCUCAAUUAUGUUACUGAUAUAAAGUGACAAUUUCUCCUA